AGGAUGGCCUCGGCCGUGUUUGAGGGCACCUCUCUGGUGAACAUGUACGUGAGGGGCUGCUGGGUGAACGGCAUCCGGAGACUCAUCAUCAAUCGGCGCGGGGACGAGGAGGAGUUCUUCGAGAUCCGCACCGAGUGGUCGGACAGGAACGUUCUCUACUUGCACCGGAGCUACUCGGACCUGGGCCGCCUCUUCAAGAGGCUGCUGGACUCCUUCCCGGAGGAUCGCCCCGAGCUGUCACAGUCCCCCCUGCUCCAAGGACUAAUCACAAUAAAAGAGGCCCGUGAUAUAGAAGCCAGGCUCAAUGAAGUGGAGAAGCUUCUGAAGAUUAUUAUAAAUAUGCCUUGGAAAUAUUCUAGAUCUGAAGUUGUCCUUACCUUCUUUGAAAGAUCUCCGUUAGAUCAAGUGUUAAAAAAUGACAAUGUCCAUAAAAUUCAACCAAGCUUUCAGAGUCCGGUUAAAAUAUCAGAAAUCAUGCGUUCUAAUGGAUUUUGUUUAGCAAACACUGAAACAAUAGUUAUUGACCACAGUAUACCAAACGGAAAAGACAAACACCUGGAUGUAGAUUCAGCAGAGCACUUGUUUGAAAGUGUUAGUGAGUUUACUUCAGAGCUAGAAGACACUGAUGAUCCAGCAGCCUAUGUCACCAACUUGACAUAUUACCACCUGGUCCCAUUUGAGACGGAUAUUUUGGACUGAGGCUUUCCAGGGACCCAGUCAGCUAGCAUCCAACUGAUUUCUUUGCUCAUAGACUCUGCUAUCCCCUUGCUCUUCUAUGAAUAAAGCUGUGUGAUUAAAAACAGCAGAGAAGUUGCUGCAGAUAUGCCAUGAAACUGAUUUUGCAGCUUAGCCCUUCAUUGUGACUCAAGGAGGUACCUUGCAAGGAAGUAACUGCUUCAACAAACUCCUUUUUCCCUGAAAGGAAUGUAGCAAGAUCUUUGGGCUACUUGGAUCCAAGGAAAUCAUUUUGGCAAAGGCCAUGGCAACCACUACACUGACAAAACCAUUAGCGAUCGUGCUGUCGUUUGGCACCGGUGGUCACUGGUAUACAAUGCAACUUGUACAAAAGACUACCCAUAUUAGCAGCUUCCUGUCUUAAAACGUCACCACAGAAUAUCCCCAGAUGUACCGAGUACACUUCCACUCCACCUUUAUUAGAAGACCACCUCUGUUAAGCAAUCAACAUUUGUCAGUCCCUUUAUGUGGUCACUUAAGACAGGCCCCAUAGUUUGCUGUCUGUUCAGCUGUGAGAUGACAGGUGCCUUACGUAUAAUGUUACAAAUACCAUAGAGUGCCUACAGGAAACCAAUGCACAAUCUGAUUAUUUUACCUCUGUUAAUCCUUAGGUGUUGUUUAAUCAUGCGAGAGCUGACCUCUUUCCUUUCCUUUCCUGAAAUAGGAGAGCAAACUGGCAUGGCAAUGGAAAGCUUAUAAUGCUGAGGUACCUUGAAUUACAUCAGAGUUCUGGAAAGCUGAUAGGAAGGCUGAACUGCCUUGCUAAGAAUGGUCAAUGUAUGCCAGGCACUUGGAUCUGGUUUUUCUCUUGGACCAGGAAAUCUGAGCAGUGCUUGCAGUUGUUUACACAAGAUGGAUAAUUACCUUUGCGUAUUACUUUCCAGAGAGUGGGGAGAUUUAAGCCCUGUUGGGACUGAGAAUUAAAGAUAAACUACAAUGUAUCUUACGAGGACAAGAAAAAAGAAACCACCGCAGCUCAGAUAGUCUGCUUAACCCACUCCCAUAGACCCAAUGGGCCUGAUUCUGAUCUUGCCUACACUGGUUUCAUACCAAUGACAUUCUAUUCACCUCAGUGGAGUUACUCCAGUGUCAGAGAGAGCAGAAUCAGACCCCAAAGGCUCUUUACUACUGAGUAGUGCAACAUUAACCUCUCUUAGAGCUCAAUCUUGUAAAUUGCUGAGCACCCUGAACUCCCAAUAUGAGCUCAACACCCUGCAUGAUCAGGCCCUGACCUUUCAUCAAGCAUUUAGUGUAGUAAUGGCCAGAAUUAAUUUAAAGAGAUAUGAACUGAGAAGAGUGCAUUUUGAGCUGGUUAUCUGCACAAUGGCUUUGCCUUGGUCCUGAAGAACUUGGCACAGCUCCUCUCCUGUAUACUCUUCAGUGCUCUGUGUAUAAUAACAGUAAACAGAAUUUGCUAAUGUACAUAAUAAAUUAUUGAGAAUCCUAAUUCCUUUACACAGUAUGUUUUUAAAAUAUAUAUUUAAUGAAAUAAAAUUACUCACCUUAAGUAUGAUAACUUCCA